AUGAGGAACGCGCCGCCGCCAUCGAAGAAGCGCAAAAUCGCCGUCGCAGUCCCCGAAAAGAUUGAGUUUGACUUUUCGGCGCGCGAAGAAUACCUCACCGGGUUCCACAAGCGCAAACUUGCGCGGAUAAAGCAUGCACAAGAGGAGAACGCGAAGAGGGAGAAGGAGGAGAAGCUGAGGUUUAGGCGCGAGCUCCGAGAACAGCGCAAAGUUGACCUAGAGAGGCACGUCGAAGAAGUAAACCGACUUGUCAAACAAGCCAACGGCGACCUUGACCUCAGCGAAGCAGGCGAAACAUCCGCCAACGACGACGACGACGAUGACGAUGACGAGGAAGAAUUCACAGGCUUCCAAGAACCAGAGCCUAUAAACCAGGAAGAUGAAUACGUCGACGAAGACAAAUACACAACCGUCACGAUAGAAAGCGUGGGCAUAUCCAAAGCCGGGUUUUCAACACAGGGACAAGAGGACGAAGAGGCAGCCGCAAAGAGGAAAGCAGACGAGGAGAGGAAAAAUGCGGAGGAGGAGAACAAGAAGCGGGUGUGGACAAAGGCGUGGCCGAAGAACAGCGAGAGGCCAAAGAAGAAGAAGAAGAAGUUCAGGUACGAGACCAAGACGGAGAGAAAGGCGGAGCGCAUGAAGCAGGGCAUGAAGAAGAGGAAGCAGAAGGAGGCUAGGGAGAACAAGUAA